AUGGCAUCCUCUCGUCUGCUCGGAUGUAUGAUCCUCCAGCUCAGUCUGUUCUAUUUCAUCAGCCUGGUUAGUGCUACCAGUCAAUGCUUCUAUCCCAACGGGGAUAAAAGUACGGAUACACCAUGCUACACCGAUGGAAGCGCCUCCCACUGUUGCGGAUCACGUUCCAUCUGCCUCACAAACAAGUUAUGCUUGUCUGUGGAGCAGCCAUAUCAACUUUCUCGCGGAAGCUGCACUGACAAUGAUUGGAGGAGUGGCAGUUGCCCGUUAAACACAUGCCGUGAGUUUCAAAGUCCCAAGCUCCUAACAAAGGCUGAUCCCAAAUUUGCAGAGAGUGCUCAACCUGGCGCAGGAGCGGCUGUGGUCUGGUUGAAUGGUACCGGCGCAGACUCCGUAUAUUGUUGCAACUCGGUGCUUGUGAAUCAAACCUCGAGCGAGAAAUUCUGCAGUAACAUCAACGGCUCGCCUCAAUCAAGCUUCGCAGUCGCGGAUGGCUACAUUAUUCCUGGGGCUGCUGCUCUGUCGGAGCUAGUCAAGGGAUCCAACGAUACGUCUUCUGUGGUAGCCAACAAUACCAGUACUGCGACUCCCAGUAGCUCGCCUACCAUCAAGGAAUCGAACGAUCUAGCGAUUGGGGCAGGCGUUGGUGUACCACUCGGCAUCAUUGCUAUUUUCUCUAUUGGAUGGGCGCUCUGGGAAAGGAGAAAGAGAAAGCGAGCAGUUCUUCAAUCAAGUCGGCCUGUUCAGCCGGUCAUCGCCCACGAUCGCAAUUUCAUGUUGAACGAGUUGGGUGCAGACCAUCCAAAGAUGCCGGAAUUAUACUCUCGAUCGUCCCGAGUCUAG